CACAUCUUCAAAAGGGUAAGGGACAGAGUAUCAAAAUGGCCUGGAAAAUGUUCAGAAUUAACAUCAGAAAGUCAAAUGUUCACCUAAAGCUCAGCUGGGAAGAAACAAAAGAAAAAUCAAUAUGCAGUCAAAGAAUGGCUUCACUUUUCUAGAAGGUGACUCUCUAGGAGAGUCCCUUAGCAACAGCUUCGAAGUUCCAGAACCUGUCCUCAACCCCGAUGGUCAGCUUCGGCUUCUGUCCGGAACUCAGACUUCUUGUCUGAUCUUCCUACCACAGAAAUGCACCUGGCAGUGGUGGAAAUAGCCUUGGUGCUGCUGCUGAGCAUGGGGCGGACCUCAGACUCUCUCUGCUCACCCACCAUUUUUUACAGAGACUGUUGGAUCCGUCGCUUUCCAGGUCUUCUGAUUGACCUGGAGGAGUCUCAGAAGCUGGGAGCUCAGUUCCUGAAGUAUUAUUCUGAAAGUACCGGCCAGAAAUGCAGCAGGAGCUGCUGCCUUAGGAAGGAUGUUUCCUGUAACGUGGCUGUCUUCUACCAUGAUCCCAUGCAUGACAAUGUCAACUGCCUCCAUAUUCACUGCCCCACACUGGAGAGUUGCAUAUUAGAGCCCGGAACCAGUGCCAUUUUAUACAACGUAACAGAAGGUAUAGAUCCAGAUUUGCUGGUUUUUGAACAAUCACGUCCCACAUAUCUAAAUACCCGUUCCUCAUCUAAUACACAGGAUAGACUAAGGAUUUUAAAAGCUACGCAUUUAGAUGAACAACAAACCACAGUGAUAAACCAAAUGCUACCAUCACCAGAGAUGCCGUCAUCAACCACACAUCAAGAUUUGGUUGUCAACACAAACAGUAAUAGGUAUUCCAAGGAAUUAACCACAGAUUCUUGGGCAAAACUCAUUUUCCUGAAUAACUCCAUUACCACAGAGGUAAAUAUGGGGUCACACAGCACUGAUUUCAUCAAUAAUCCAGAUAACAAGACUAUUUCUCCUUUCUUUGUUCCCAUAGACACAAAAGUUUUUCAUAGGCCUAUUCCAUCCCGACUCAACAGUAGCAAGCAAUUACUAAAUAAAACCAAGGGGUCCAACAGCAGAAACCACACAGCUGAGAAUGAAGACAUGACACCUGAUGGGGCAUCUGUGACUUCAAAGAUGUGGCUGGCUCCGGUGGCCCUCUGUACCUCUGUCAUCUUUCUUUGCUGUUGUGUGAUCAUCCUGGCGUCUGGAUGCUGGAGAAAGCAGCAGGGCCAGUAUAAGCCAGGGCAGAGAAAGUCAGGAUCCAGGCAUGUCGAAAAGGUAACACUCUAAAGAAGAACUCUUAAGAGUAAAAGUUACAAGGAGAUUGUAAGCUUUCAAGGGUAUCGUUUUUUAGUUUUCUGUAAGACAAGGGCUGUUUGUUUAAAAAAAAUGAAUAAUUGCACAGGAUGCCCCCCUUACCAACCUCUAAAAAAGGCCCAAAUCUUCAUAAACUUAACUGCUUUGAUCAUUUCUAUUUUGUGAACUGUCUACCCUUUGCCAAAGUUCCAAAAUUCUGACCCCUGCACUUGUUUAGCAGUGUGAGAGAUAUGCUUCUAAGUGCUAUACAUGUAUUCCCUCAUGGAUAUAAUUUUAUGAAUUAGAUAUACUUUUUUAAAUGACUAUAGUAUUAUUAUCACAUUUUACAGAUGAGGAAAAUGAGAAGAGAGAGGCUAUCUUCCCUAAAGCCACAUAGCUUAAUAUUAGUGAAGGCAGGAUUUAAUAGAUAUCUGAUUCAAAAGUUUAUGCUGGAAAUCACUGUUAGAUUAAAAGCCUCCAAAAAACAUGGAAAAAAAAGAUACAGAGAGGAAAACACCGUAACAUCAUAUGUUUCCUGUCAAGGUCAAAUAAUUGUCAUGUAUGUUAAUAAAAUCUUUUAGUGGAUUGGACAGAAAAGCGCUAUUAUUACAGUUACUAACACAUGUGCAAAAGCUGCCUUUUAAAAAAACUUAGUUUUGAUGUUCAAUUGAUUAAUUCUUCUCAAUCCUAAACCAUCUUCAUUUUUUAAAGAUGACAUGCCUUUAACUCUGGUACUGGAAUCUUUGAGUUUGUGUGGAUCUCUUUUGAAUAAAGCUUGGGAGUUUUAGUUUACAGCCCUCACGUGUAUGUAGUGUUUCCCCAGGUGCAAACAUUAGCUGUAGGUAUUUGAGCUCUGUCCAAAUCUUACACGAGAUCUACCCCCACCCCCACCCUGAAGUGCAGACACUUUAAUUCAAUCAAGUCUCCAAUGAUUUUAAGCUUUAGGCCCUUAAUCUAACCCUUGAAACUCUUUUUACAUGUGAGGAGAGAUACUAAAAGACAGCCAAUAAGCAAGAAGAAUAGAUAAAAGAAAACCCUAUUAUAGGAUUAAUAAAAUAGUACUGUUCUCUCUUAUGUUAAAUAACAAACUGUCCAGUGGUUUAAGAGGUGUUUCUGUUUCUUUCCCUAGUGUUGAUACUCUGUGGGGGGAAAAUGUCUGUUUCUUUUUUUAAUAUAAGGAAGAAAUAUAAAAAAAUCUGUAUCAGUGGAAUAUUAGCCACAAAUAAAAAUCUGAUUUUAAAAAUGU